UCAAUAAUUAAUUUGAAAGCAGUUACUACUGACAGAGCAAAGGACUUUUAUGAUGAUGUGCCAGAUGACUUUAGUAAAGUGGCUGUUUCUCAGAUUAAGACGCCGAAACAAAGUGACGAUUCAGUUGAUUUACCUGAUUUGCUAAAAUGGUGUCAGAAAGUGCUGGAAAAACACCCGAAUUUCAAAAUAAAAGAUCUGACAACGUCCUGGAGAAGUGGAUGUGAACUCGGUUGCUUAAUCAAUGUUUUUCGUCCACAUACAAUCAAAAUGGAAGAUUUGGACCGAACAAAUGCAUUGAGAACUAUGGAAAUAGUGGUAAAUAUUGCAAAACGAGAAUUCCAGAUAUUUCCUUUAUUAGCGGUUUCAACAAUGGUUAACUGUUCCUCUGAUAAUGAGGUAGAAAUGGCAUCGUAUAUUUCCCAGUUUUACCAGCUGUUUCAUGAAGAACCUAUUCCUGAGACGUCUACCUCUGACAACACCGUUUUAAUUGAAGAAAAGAAAGACAUCACAGAAACAAAUAUUGUAAAGCCCAGAACUAGUAGAGUUCAGAUACCUGAGGAAAAAGUAGAAACUGAUGAAAAUCUAAUUGAUAUUUGCUACCUUUGCAAGAGAGUGUUGUUCUUUCUGGAGAAACUUAGUGUUGAAAAUGUGUUUUGUCAUCGCCGGUGUCUGAAAUGUGAAAAAUGUAAUUGUGAAUUGAAUCUCGGAAAUUAUAGAACACAAAAAUCCUAUCAAGGAAGAGUGAGGUUUUUCUGCAUUAAGCAUGCUGGUCCUAACGCCAAGUUAACACAGUCUAUCAGAAUACGACCACAACUAGUCUUGAAAGCAAUGGAUGACCCUAAACCUUCAAAGGAUGCACCUAAUAGAACAAAUACAGACAAUGUACAGGAUAUUUCAGACAAACCAAGAAUACCUACCAGGCCAGAUUUCUUAGCAAGGAGAGUUACCUCAGCAUCAAUACGCAGAAUAGACUUCUACAAUAGUGGAGAUGAUGAAAAGGAAGUCGUUCCAGAAGACACUAUAUUUGAGCAUAAUUUUGGAGCAUCUGUUCGAUAUGGAUUAGGUGCAUUUACCCUACCACUAUCUGAAGAAAAACUAAAUAACUCGUCAAGUGAGGACAGUGACGAUGAUAUAGAGGAAAAGCUUGAAGCUUCUUUAGGACAACAUAUUGAUAAAAAUAUGACAGUUAAAGAUGCUUCAGAGUUCUGGCAAACUUUAAAAAGAGAAUCAAAGACACUCAGCGUUUCUAGACAUAACCCGGAAAUAUCUGCUGAAAAUGAUUCAUCGCCUAUCAAAGGUAAAGCUAGAGUGACUCUACGACAAAAUGCCUCAGCCAAGGAACAUUCAACAAUAGAAGAAUCGCAAGAAGAGGACAACGAUGAUUUGGAAGGAACAAUUCGUGCUGCUCCAGAAAUGAUAAGUAACUGGUCCAAUGUUAAUCUACCUGAUGAAAAGCAGCAUACACAAAGCAGAAAUUCAAGUGAAAAUAACGAAUUAUUUGAGAGAGCCAUAAAGGACCUGAAAAGAGAAUCAAAAGAGCUUGAAAAUAAAAGAUCUAAUUUUUCAGUAACUUGUUUCCAACCACAAAAUAAAGGCAUUGAAAAGGAUCCUGGAGAAAAACAACCCGAAAAAGUCUUCGGUGGUGACAGACCACAGUUGAAGCGAUCCGACUCUGACCCAACCGAAGAGAGGCAUGCUCAGCGUGUUCAGCUUGCAGCAAGAAAGCUUAUUAUACAAAGGCAACAAAACCAAAUAUUCAUGGCUCAGGAAAUAAAACGACAAAUAGAAGAAGCUGUUGAAGAGUUAAGGGAAGUUGAAAAACAAGGAGUGGAGUUAGAGACGAAACUUAAAGACAACAAUGAAAAAGAGAGUAAACAAAGUUUACGACAACAGUUGUGUUCUCUGUACACUCGGCGACAAAAGCUUCUUCAAUAUGAAGCCGAAUUACGAUCAGCUAGCGAACACUAUUUACCGAGUCAAGAAGAGGAAGCUGAGAAUACAUGUCCUUCUGAAUAUAUACCAAUUGAAGAAGAGGGAAACAGUUUUGAUGAAAAGUCUGUGGCGUCUGGUUUCGAAACUUUCAAUGAAACAAUGAAGGCCAGUGGCGUCAUAGUUGACGACGAUAGGAAGUAUGAGACACAAAAAUCAACGGAAACAAAAUCUGACACAAACAUAAGUAGGAUAUUAGAUAUGGUACCGGAAACAAUAUCCUCAGACAAAGUCAGGUCGGAAACAUACGGGUCAUUAGAAAUUAAAGAUGCUGGUAUACUGUCAGAAAGACCUUAUGAAAUAACUUCUGACGAAACCAAUGAUGAAAAUGAUGUAUAUAAGGUUACAACGAAAGAAUUCACUUUAAAAUAUCAUAUAAAGGUGGUGACGAGAACAAAAUCUGGUGUAGACACUACAGCAAAGAUGACAGCAGAUGAUAGUCGGUACGAAGCUUGUGAUGGACAUAAAUUGCCUGAUGAUAUUGAUAAACUUACAUUUGUUGAUGACAAAGCUAUAAUUAUACAGUGGGAAUGUCCUUUCUGUACACUUCAUAAUAAAGAUGGAAGCAGUUCUUGUACUGUCUGUUAUGCUUGGAAAUGCAGUAAAUGCCUUCGUGUAAACGUUAACGACAGAAGAAGAAAGGAGUGUGAAAUGUGCCACAGCAAUAAACCAUCACGAAAUAAUUCUUCUCGUGAUCAUCACCAUGAUAGUUCACGUGAAUCAUUUGCCUAGGGUCUUAAAGUUAUUUGACACUUGUAAAUCUUAGUAGGCACCAUAUGCGUCAAGAUGAACAAAUUAUUAAUUUUUUGGUGAAAGUCUAAUGUAAAUGUAAUAAGGCAGAUAGAAAUUUUCACUUCAGUUUUCUGGUGUUUUGGUUCUUCGUACUCAUCACUUGUAAGCGUUACCAUCGAAAUAACAACUGUUAUUUAUUACAGUAAUGAAGUUGUAAAGUGGGAAAUUUGAUGAAUAAGAGAAACAACAAUAACUACUAUUUCGAUUUCUAACUUCAUUCUUAUUAUAUUGUAUACUACAAGUUUUAUGUUAGAUAUAUUUUAACAUGUGAUUAUUUGUGUAUGUGUGUGUUUGAUUUAUUGGUUUGAACAUUGGUCAAGUUAUGGAUUGCAGGAAAUAUAUUUUUCAAUACCUUCUCCUGAAGUUCCUGCUUUCUCUUAAACAGUUACAGCAAACAAAUAUAUAUAUAAUGUUGUGACACCAGAGUCUUUUUUCCAUGUGUAUUGCUACAAUGUGACUUUUAG